AUGCCUGUAGCGCGCUUCGAAUCCGCGCCGGUCGAUGUCUCGCCGCUCGGCCAGCCCAUGAAGUUCGAGUUCUCGGGCAAGGUCGCCAAGAACCGGUUCCUCAAGGCAGCCAUGGCCGAGGAUCUGGCGACUUGGAGUGCCACGAACCUUGAGGAGCGCGGUGCCCCGACCAAGGAGCUGAUCGAGCUAUGGGGCGAGGGGGAAUGGGGGGUCAUCAGCACCGGCAACAUUGACAUCAACUUCGACAUGCUCAGCGCCGUGGGCGACAUGAUUAUCACACCGGAGUGCGGAUCCAGCGGUCCUCGCUUCGAGGCCUUCCAAGAGCUGGCCAAAGGAGCCAAGGCUCAUGGUAGUUUGCUUGUGGCCCAGAUGACACAUCCGGGCCGUCAGCUGCUAGCAAAAAUCCGGAAGGACACCAUCUCAGCGUCCGCGAUCCAGCACGGUGAGCCUACCUCCUAUUAUGUCAUGCAACGAAUUACACCGAGUCCCGGAUUUGGAGCCUACGCCGUGCCAAGGGAGGCGACAAAGGCUGAAAUUGCGUCGGUGGUCGAGGGUUUUGCCUACGCGGCCGAGUACCUCCAGAAGGCCGGAUUCGACGGCGUCAAGCUUCAUGGCGCGCACGGCUACCUGAUCUCGCAGUUCUUGUCCGAGCAGUCCAACAAGCGCACCGAUGAGUACGGCGGCACGCUGGCGAACCGCAUGCGCAUCGUGGUGGAGAUUGCGGAGGCGAUCAAGGCACGCGUGCAGCCAGGUUUUAUACUGGCUAUCAAGAUGAACUCUGUCGAGUUUCAAGAGAAGGGCCUCGACCCCGAGGAGGUAAAGAUUAUCUGCGAGAUGCUGCAGACUCUCGGCUUCGACUUCGUCGACCUGAGCGGAGGCAACCACGCCGACAUCGGGUACGGCGGCGAGCGCGAGUCCACACGUAAGCGCGAGGCGUACUUCAUCGAUUUCGUCAAGGACAUCGUGCCGCACCUGACCACAACAAAGAAGUUCCUGGUCGGUGGAUUCCGCAGCGCGGCAUCUAUGGUCGAGGCCCUCGACUCGCUUGACGGCAUCGCACUGGGCCGCCCGGCUGCGCAGGAGCCUCGCUUCCCAGUGGACCUUCUUGCCGGCAAGAUCACAGGCGCUAUCAAGUCUCCCAAGGAAUUCGGCGAUGACCUCUGGCUCAGCCUAGCGGCCGCCGGGUGCCAGAUGCGCCAGGUCGGCCAGGGGCGGGAGCCGUUUGACAGUAGCAACGAGAAGGCCGCUGCGGCUUUCAAGGUGAAGUUGGACGAACAUAUCGCUAAGCUCAUGGCCGAUGGUGAUAAACUGGAAAUGAAUGGCUUUCCGGAUUUAACUGCUCCGGAAACGUCGGCGCGGGCUUACGGUGACGCAUACUGA